UUGUCUACCAACAUUUGAGAGAUGUUUGUUGUCUCUAACACCAGGACGAACUAUCUCUUAAACGUCGGUAAAUUUCUACCAGACUACACGGCGCAACAAUAUAGAAAAAACCAUCUUCAAACUCGCAGCCAUGAGAACCUGAAAUCUCACAACUGUGAAGACAGUAAUCUUCAUACUUGCCACCGUGAGAAUCUGAAAUCUCACAAACGAUUCAAGAAAACAGGUGGAGAAGGAGUGGAUAAGUCUAACUGUGAAUUCAGCCUUGAUGAUUUUUGGCUCAAAUUGCGUGUUUCAUCUAAGUAUAUAUCAAAUGAAGUGACAAAACUGUGCUUGGCUUUCUCCAAGUCUCCGUUACCUGGUGUGACACAGACACAUGAAAUGUUGAGGACAUUGGAGACUGCAUACCUUGAAGUGUUAUCAACAUUCUAUACUCUGCCAAAGAGCUGUGGAUUGGUGUUACGGAAAGAAGUAAAUAUGGCAGUGCUGCAAAUCGUGGAGUCAUUGAUCACUGUAGUAAUGUCAUUACAAGAAGAAGGAGAUAAGGCGCAAAAGGACAGAUUGAUGCUAACAGGCCGUGUGUGGGAUGCUUGUGAAGCCAUAGAAGGUUUGCCUCAGAAUAAUUUGCAAGUAACUUGCAAGAUUAUACAGAGAGAAGAUGGUCUUGUACUAGAUGCCUUGCAGGAAAUAGAAGAGGAGGUUGCUGCUGAGCAAAGUGGCAAUGGACUGAGAACAGAGGAGGAAGAAGAAGAAGACAACUCUAUGACAUGGAGUAACCAAGAUCGGGAAUUGCUGUUUCCUUGCAUGGGUUUGGUGAAAACUGCACGCUCAUCCUUUAAGAGAAUAGGUGCUGUGUUGCAAAUAAAAGGGAAGUUUGAGACAGAAGAACAGAUUUCACAGUUGGAUGACUUGGUGUCUAAAUCUGUGGAAAUUAGCCCUGCAGUAGAUGAUAUGGUAUCCUGUAUGUAUCCUCCCAUGAAUAAAGACGCAGUUAGAAGUGCUGCUGCUGUGCUCAAGACUCGAGUAGAAGCACUUCUCCAUAUGGUGAAACAAAGUCACUAUGCUACUGAAGAAGAUAUAGGCUGGAUUGAAUUCCUACUAAAAGCUGUUGCUCAUAAUAAUAAUAAGCUGCUACCAUUACUGAAUUCUUAAAAUACAAGAAUCAGCCCCUUGAUCAGUGUGAAGUGAAAAGUGCAUUAGACCAUAUGUUUGAUGUUUAAUUGUAACUCAAUUCCAUGAACAUCAUAUCAUGUACUUCCAGAUUCAUUCUUUUAUUUAUUUUUCCAAAAUAUAGUUUUAGUUUAGUUAAACAGUUAUCUUAUGUUAAGAAAUAAACAGUUGAGUUUAA